AUGCAGAACAUCCUCGAUCAAAACUUAGACAUGGCCACAGCCCUACUCGCCGGCGAGAAGCUGAAGGAGCUGAUCCUGCCGGGCUCCUCUCAGGAUGAGAAGGGCGGGGCACUGGCCAGCCUCAUGGUGCAGCUCAAGCUGGAGCUACCCUUUGAUCGUGUCGUCACUAUAGGGACGGUCAUCAUCCCCAUCCUGCUGGUCACCCUUGUCUUCACCAGGAACUUUGCAGAGGAAUCCAUAUACUGUUACACACCACAUAACUUCACCAGAGACCAGGCACUGUAUGCAAGAGGCUACUGCUGGACAGAGCUGCGUGACGCUGUACCUGGUGUGGAGCCUCACCUCUGGCUUUCACUAUUUGAACACAAGUUCCUGCCCUAUGCCCUGCUGGCUUUUGCUGGAAUUAUGUACAUUCCUGCUUUGGGCUGGGAGUUCCUCGCCUCAACGCGGCUCACUUCAGAACUCAAUUUCCUGCUUCAAGAGAUUGACAACUGCUAUCACCGAGCUGCUGAGGGCCGAGCACCAAAGAUUGAGAAGCAGAUCCAAUCAAAAGGACCUGGCAUAACUGAGCGAGAGCGGAGGGAGAUCAUAGAGAACGCGGAAAAGGAGAAGAGCCCUGAGCAGAACCUGUUUGAGAAAUACUUAGAGAGACGAGGCCAAAGUAACUUUCUGGCGAAGCUUUACCUGGCACGCCACCUGGCUAUUAUAUGCCUCAGUUCUAUCCCCAUUUCCUACCUGAGCGCCUACUAUGCCCGUCAAAGGCAGAAUGAGUUCACCUGUGCGCUAGGUGAGCCGCCAGACAUUAGCAGCUAUCCAGAGCUGAAGCUCAGGGUCAACUGUAAGCUGCCGGCUGUGCAGCUGCAGCGCAUCAUGGCAGCAGUAGACAUAGCUCUACUCUGCACCAUGAACCUCAUCAUCCUAGUUAAUUUGCUGCAUUUAUUUGUGGUGCGCAAGUCCAACUUUGUAUUUGACAAACUGCAUAAAGUUGGUAUUAAAACACGGCGACGCUGGCAGAAGUCUCAGUUCUGUGAUAUCAACAUCCUGGCCAUGUUUUGCAAUGAGAACAGGGACCACAUCAAGUCACUCAACCGGCUAGACUUCAUCACUAAUGAGAGUGACCUCAUGUAUGACAAUGUGGUCAGGCAGCUGUUGGCUGCGCUUGCACAGUCCAACCAUGAUGCUACACCCACUGUGAGGGACUCUGGGAUACAAACACUGGAUCCCAAUAUGGAUCCCUCUGAUCUUGGAGUAGGAGUAAUAGCUGGGGAGCCGUUGGUGAUCAAACGGCCACGCAAGAAGAUUAAAUGGAUCCCAUCCUCAAAUCCUCUUCCUCAGCCAUUCAAGGAACCCCUUACCCUGACACGUCUGGAAAAUAACACCAAGCCUGAAAAACCCAAACCGCUCAGACGAAAGACUGUGGCAGACAGCUUCAUUGCACCGCUUCUGGAUAGCAAGAGCACACAACAUCCAUCAACAAAAGAUCUAAGCGGGAUGGAGAAAAAGCACACUCGCAACUUCUCUCUGGACGUCCACCCAUACAUGCUGACCAUUCGUAAGCCCAAGGUGGAGGCCGCAACCACAGAACCUCUACCCUCAGAGCACAACAUGGAUACAGUGUACCUUGAAGGCACACAUACUAUUGUUCAUGUGUCUGAUGCAAUUACAGAGACUAAGGUUCGCUCUCCAGAAUCAACCAACACUGACUUUUCUACAGUGACCCUGCCCACCACUACAUAUGUAAAUGGUGUGGGUCCCAACCCACCAUCCUGUGAGGAUCCACUCAGUCCCAAGUCCUCGACUCCUCCAAGGGAGCCUCUCACCCAGGUAGAAAAACCUGAGACUCAGCCACCACCCCUGACCAUAGCCCCCACACACCAGCUGCUGAGUAUACAUCAUACUCUCUUUGAGGAAGAGGAGGAUGAAGAAAACCGUAGAAACAGACUGGCAGAGAGACCGGGGGAGCUCAUCGCAGCUGGGGAAUGUUGA